UUAUGCAAUUUAUAUACCACUCUUUAAACAGACAUAAGAGAAGACACCAAUCAGUAUUAGUAUUACCAUUACCAGUACUUGAAAUUUCAUUCGUUACCACAAUUUAUUGAUAACGAUGGUAUUAAUGAAGAUAGUAUUAGUAGUUUGUUGUGUUGCAGUGUGUGCGGUUAUCGUAGGUGGAGAUUUGCUGGACGAGUUUUUAAAACACAACAAAAGGGUUGCUAUUAGUAGGUACCCAUGCAAAGAACCACAGCCGAGGGUGAUGUCCCUUAUGGAAGUUUUUGAUGAUGAGAUGUGGAGCCUCUACAAGAACGACAUGAAAAAUAUUCGGCCCCAAUCUACGGUUCUCCACCGUUGCGAUGGAUCAGGAUGCUGCAAGAAGUACAACGAAAAAUGCCAAGCAAGGCUCGGCAAAGAAGUAACCCUUACCUUCUUGCAUUUGUCUCAAAAAAAGUACAUCGAGAUCAAAGCUACCAAUCAUACUAGAUGUGUAUGUGAGAAGUUCAGUGAAACUCGCAUCAAGUAAAGAAAGAAACAUGCUUUACUACUAGGAAUUGAGUCAUCGAUGACAAACAUUGUGCAAUAACAUAUUUUGUAGAAUUUUAAAGAUAGGAAGCAAAGUUUGAAAAGUGUCUUUGUUUUUUUGAGUUUGUUGUUGUUGAGGUGAUAUUUGCUCUGUGAUAUUAUGUUUAAUAAGUUAUUUAUUUGACAGUAGUGUCUAAGAAUAUAUAAAAAAAUAAAAUUAAUUUAUAUAGA